AUGGAGGAUUUAUUGGCCGAAGAGGAGAGGCUAACUCGGACUGACUCGGUUGCCAAGAAGCGAGUCAGACACGAGUUAGACGAGUUAUGCAGCCUCGACUCACCGGACGUGAAACGGUUAAAAGACGAUUUGUUCGAUGACUCGGGUCAUGACUCAGCGAUUCAAGAUCUUGACUCAGUGAUGAAGAGCUUCGAGGUUGAGUUAUCGACCACCACGACGGAGCUAAUCUCCGGCGAGACUCAGCCGGAUCUCGGAUACCUUUUCGAAGCUUCCGACGACGAGCUGGGUUUGCCUCCGCCUCCACCGCAACCACCGACGAUUCCUCCGACGUCGUCUCAGGAAACGGAGGAGACGGUGACGGAAUUGGUACGAGCCUCGUCGGAUUCAUCAGAAGUCGGCGAGUUAUUCGGAUUUGAGGAUCAUCAUGUUACGGGUUUCGGAUCUUUCGAUCUGGGUAAUGAGCUCUUCGAAUAUUCCGAUGUUUGUUUAGAUUCCGGCGACAUGUUUUCAUGGCGACCGGAGUUUUUACCGGCGGAGUUUUAA